AUUCAAUUCGAGCCCCCAGAAGCUGUUUUGAACAUUUUUAUUAAUACAACAUUUUUCUUCCUUUCAGCUCCCGAAACAACAUCUGUGAUAACGACUGAACAUACAACUGAACAUAUAAUAGAGGAAGAACGUGCGCCGACCAACACUGAUGAACCCAUAAUAGAAGAUGUAACCGAUAAGGGCUGCCCGGAGAUAACAACCACCUUCAUCAUCACCGUGUCAGGGAUGUUUAUCGUUUCCCUUGGGGUCAACUAUAUCUGCUUUAAAUGUGGACAGAAAAGUGGUGCCCAAAAUGAACGGAAACGCUUAAAAAUAGAGUUUUCUGAAGACACUCAAGCGAUAAAUGUCCAACAUUACCAUAACGAGGAUGAAAACAUAGGACUAGAGAGGAUAGCUGAACAUCCAGGACCCUCCGCAGGCCAGAUAUCUAAUCCAACACACGAAUACGCCGCAUAUGAUGAAAUCAAAGACCAGCGACAACGUAUGCAAGACUCUCAGAGGAGGAAAGAGGGAGGCUACCUAACACCAGUUUUUCAAGAGCCGAGUCGAUCACAACCCCCUGCAAGAUCUGGAGGAAAUGGCUACGUAUCCCCGGUUACAGCAGCUAAGCAGGCCAGCGGACAGCGAAAUAAAAAUGAUUCCCCAUCACCACCUGGAAAUGGUGGGUAUCUUUCACCCCUUCGGGAAGCAAAGGAUGCGGCUGCAAGACUGUUGUCGGGCAAUAGUGAUUCCAGCUCAAACAAAUCAGAUAAAUCGGACAAAUCUAGAAAAUAUCAGAAUGAACCGCCUCGCAAAUCUCCACCUAAGACAGCUCCACUUUACGAGGCAAUCAAAGACGCAAGUAUUAUCCAAGAACAUCCUUAUAUUGAUCUACAGACUAGUAUGUCGUAGUUCCUAUUUAUUUUUAUUUUUCAUCAUUGUUUUUUUUUCGAACUUAUAAUGAAU